UAUGCUUUUGUAUGUGUGAGGUGGUGUAGUGUGAGUGGAAUAAUGUUUCUGGUAAUGUAAUAAAAAUUUUCCCCAAAAAUUCAUCUUUCAAUUUUCCGUGCAAAAGUGCGUGAAAAGGGCAAAAAGGUCGCACGGAAGAAGAACGGAAAUAGCUGUGGAUGAGCGAUAUAAAGGCAAGAGUUGUCCCAGGGGCGGGACAGAAUUGCAAUGGGCAGACAGGAAAUGGGGUGCAUUUGACACAGUGGAAGCAUCCGGAAGUGCGUCAGAGGAGCCCGGGGCAGAAGGGUGGCGGCGGCGGCAAUUGGAAUGUGAUUGAGAUUUCGAGUUCGAGUGAGAAUGAGGAGGAUCGUAGUGAGACGCAGACUCCGUCACCGAGUAGCCUGGGAAAUGGGGCGGAUGGUAGCGGGAAGGGUGGUGCUAUGGGACGCUGGGCAGUGCGGAGUCAGGGACACAAUAUGCUACGACGAGAUUAUGGGAAGAAGGCCCCGUAUAGGAUAUUCCAGAUGCCCACACCGCAGGCAAAUGUGGCCAGGAAGGAGGAGUUCUACAACUACUUAGGCAUCUACACAAAGCCCCCGUUCGCCAAGACCGUCGACAUGGACGCAAACUUCCUCAAGAGACGCUCACUGCGGGUGUGCUUCAUAAAGAAGCGCAAAGAGCAUACGGCAAAGAUGAGUGCUCUUGAGCAGGAACCCGCCAAAAAUGCAUCUGAAUCCCCGGCGGCGCCUUUGAUUGCCAAAGAAGCUCCAUCUGGGUCUGCGGGCUCAUCACCCGUCACCACGGACUCCAGUACAAUAAUCAUGGAGCGCCGAAACUACAUCCUCCAGGCCAAUUCAGCGUCAGAUGAGGAAGUUUCCAUUGUGACACACAAAGUGUCCGAUUUGAGCCAUCAGACACCCAAUGGGGAUGCUGUACAGGGACGAAGAAGUAUUAGUGAAAAGACUGCGAUGGAAAAGCGAGCAAAGAGUCGAAAGAAUCUGCGGAAACGGAAGAGGAUGCAUAAGAAAUUAUUCAAAACCACCUACUUCAUACGUUCAUCGGCACGGAGUUGUGUUCUCCGGAGUGGCAAAGUUCGCGAUCCGGACUUGAGUAAAAUUGACCUCAUCCGGAAGUUGCAGAAGCAACGACAUAAGAAGUCAAAGGAAGAAUCUUCCUCUCCGGUAUCCCCAAAACCCGUCCAUGGAAAAGAGGCAGCAGCAGCAGCACAAGGUAGUGAGGUGAUUGUGGUGACAGAUGAUGAGGAUCCCGUGGAGAUUAUUUCCCCGCCGCCCACGGAGAAGGUCACCGAGAAGGUCGUGCCAGCACCAGAGGAACCAAAAAAGCCAAGAAUCCUCAAUGAGGAUCAGGGGCAAGUUUUGGGUGUUCACCUCACCUGGCCGACCCUUUUGAUCUUCCAGGAGGAACUCAUCUCCUUCUGGACAAUGUCAGAGAUUGCGUGCAUCCUCAGUGGGAGGCAGGAGUGGAAGAAAGCCGGUGAGGUGAAGCGAAUAACGCGUCAUGAGGAAAUUCCCACGGCAAUCAGCAAAAGAAUCCUCCAUACGGAUAAAUUUGGAUGUGCCUACGUGGAGAUGAGGGCACAGCCACUGCAGAAGAUUGCCCGACAGGAAGCUGACUAUACAGCCAUGCAUAUUCAUGUGUACUACCUCCAGAAUGGCAAAGGGACCGUCCAAACUAUUGAACUGGACAGAGUUUGUGGCCUACCACAGGAUAUGUGCUACACAACAGUCCCGGACGUGCUAUCAUUCGUUGUAACAUGGCAUGAACGCGUGACACCGAUUAAGAGUCGCACGGGUGCCGUGAGGUACACCCUGACGCCGAAUUUGGAGACAUUGGCGAGUAUUUGGGACUUCAAUCCGGUGGAUAAUCGCGUCCGGUCACUCAGUGUGGCCACAGAGCAGCGCGUGAUUGGUGUUGGGGAUCACCAUGUGACCGUGUGGAACUACUCCACGGCAAAUUUGCUCAUAAACAUCGAUCUCAAAAGCCUGGAGUUGGGUGAUAAUCUCUUCACGUACAUGCUGCAGGAGCUGAAGACGCACUUCCUGCUCCUCACACAGCUCCAUUGCAACACAAUACACACAGUUGCCAUAAAUCUGCUGGAUCUGCAGUACGUCAUCCUGCAUACGCAUGAAAAUGUGGGACUUACCAUUGAUUCCCUCCGGAGUUCAGCAAUGAUCAAUGGGUGCUUCGUGGGUGCCUUUGCGGGUGGUGAAGUACUCCUACUCAAAGCGCAUCAGAGUGACUUUCUCUGGCGCAAAAGUCUCGAUCGGAAGAAUGUUGAUGUCUUCAUUAGUGGGGAGUAUGUGGUGGAGAUUGGGCAGGUGAUUGCAAUUAGGGGUCUCAUGGAAUUCCUAGCUGUGUGUGGAUAAUAAAUUUGCAAUUUACUUUUUUUGAAGUUAGAAGUAAAUUGCAAAAUGUAAAUUUUUCUUUUCUUCAUUGUUCCUCGAAGUGAUGCCUCGAGACUACAUUAAAAAAAAAAAAAGAUUUAAAAAAUGAUGUACUGAAUUUUUAUUUUAUUUCACAUUUAAAGUGAAGAAAUGUAAAAAAAAGAAAGAAAAAGGAUAAUUAAAUGCUUGAAAAUGAAUAAAAA